GAGCAGAAAUUUGCCACGGUGAUUGUUGGCCUCACCAUGCACAUGUUCCUCGUCCACGAGACGCUCCUUACACAUUACUCGAAGUUCUUCCGCGCGGCACUUCAAAGAGGUUUCGCCGAAACUGAGCCGAAGACAGUUACCUUGAAGGUCGUCGAGGCUCCUUUGUUUGAAAUCUUCGUCCAUUGGCUCUAUCACCGGCGGCUUCGCAGUGCGGCUUGCAAUGACGACAAAGAAUUGGUUGCACAUUAUGAGAACUCCCGCAACCGUACCAGUAUUGUGGAUGUUUUGGUGAAGCUCUACGUCUUCGGAGACGUGUAUCAGCUUACCUCCUUCCGGAAAGUCACCCUGCGCACUCUGUUCCAUCACUUUCACUCUAGCAAGUUCUUCCCUUUGUACUCUACAUUCAAUCUUGAAUUCGCGAAACUAUCCACCAAGGACCCACUGUGCCGCCUCAUAGUCGACUGGCCUUGU